AUGAACUGGCCACGCGUAUUCCGAGCGACCUUGAAGGGCUGGCCUCUGGGUGAGAGAGGCCACGGGGAGCUUCCCGUGCGUUUGGCAUUCCAUCCCUCAGACUCCAGGAGUUUUCUAGGAUCCCACGCUGAUGGCUCACAGUGCAGAGGCAGCCCUUCAGAAACUUGUGCACCACUGCCUCGCUUGGCGAGCCAGCCACCUUUGGCCUACGCAGCAGACUACAGCAAUGAAGCACCUCUGAAUAUUGCAAGGACCAGGAUCCUCCUGGUGGAUGCCUUGGAUCCAUUGUAUCGUGUGCACUAUGGCUACAACGACCGUCUCCACAACCAGGCUGGUGAAGAGACGACGCUCAUCCAUGGAUUUCUUGCCCAAUUUUUUGGGCUCAUGGACUUGCGACCCCCGCCAACCCACUGUGCUGUUGUUUUCGACUUUGGUGGCAAGACCUUCAGAGAUGAAAUUUUCCCCGCAUACAAACAGAAUCGACCAGAGACGCCCAUGGAGAUAGUUGAGGCAGUGCCCAAGUUGAAGGACCUCCUGUCCCGAAUGGGGGUAAGGUGGGUAUCUGUGCCUGGGGUGGAGGCAGAUGACGUCAUCGGCACUCUUGCAGUGAAGGCCUCGGAGGCGGGUAUGGAGGUGUACAUUGUGUCACGCGACAAGGAUUUCUUCCAGCUCCUGAGUCCAAGCAUUCGCGUCCUCCGUGGCCCAAUGAAGGAUGGGAUGCAGCUGUACACGGAAUCCAGGUUUCGAGAGGAAAAUGGGGUAGAGCCUUCCCAGUGGGUUGAAGUGCUGGGGCUGAUGGGAGACCUGUCAGACAACAUUCCUGGUGUGAAGAAUGUUGGUCUAAAAACCGCUCGCCUACUCAUCAAAGAGUAUGGGAGCAUUGAAGAAGUGCUUUCCAAUGCACACGAGGUCAAGCGGAGGUCGGCUCGUGAGCAGCUGGAGAGCGAGGCCGGCCAGAACGCCGCAAGGCUUUCCAAGGAAUUGGUGACCAUUCACACUCGCCUGGAUAUGCCGCCAUUAAGGUACCCCAUCCAUGACUACAGCUUAAAGACGCCGCCCGACGGCGGCCAGAGCGCCAUUGAGGCUUUCGAGUCGCUGGAGCUGAAGACGCAGAUGGGCAGCCUGCGAAAGUGCUUGUCGAACUGGUCGCGGCGGAGAUAG